UUACGUAGUUGGUGUACAAAACGUGAAAGUCUUUUGAGGUCAUGUUAACAGCAGAAUUGAACCUUGCUACAUUUAAACCCUAUAGAAAUAUUGGUUUGAAAAUAAGUUUUAGGACCACAAACUGAACUGUUCCAUUGCAUUUCUUAUUGCCAAAUAUUUCUUCUUCAAAAGUAGGCUACUAAAAGAAACGUUAAGGAACCGGAAUAGUUAAAUUCCUUACGGUCCCCAUCCCUUCUCCCCACAUAUGUGUGUGCGCGCGCGUGCGUCCGUGUGUUUGUGUGUGUGCGCGCGUGCUGGAGGAGGGAGAACUCUUAGCUCUGAAUCCAGCCACGAAUCACGGAGAAUGUGCGCGAAAUGCUUCACUGCUGUUCUCUGUAACUCCACAGGGCAGAUUCUGUAUUAUAUGACUGCACGAAGGGGUUUGGAGUGACAUUGAAGAAGACGCAUUUCUGAAGACCCAGAACCGAACCUCCCUCUCGAGCUCAUCUACAGUCAGCAUCCGUACAUUCUGGACCUGUUACCACUCGACUGGUAUAACACUGACCAUUUCACCCUGUGUGGAUACUUCUCCAGACCGCAGAGGAUUCGCGCAAUUUCCAACGGACCAAAUUAUGACUCAUUUUACUUUGCUUGGAUGAGUUUUCCAUCUAUUUUAUUUGCUUUGAUUUUCGACCAUAACACAUGUAAUAUUGUUAAAUGUUUAAUUGAUCAAAUAACAAUUAAAUAAUGACUUUUUAAUGCCCCUCCCUUCAAAUUAAAUAUUUUAAUGCGUUUUAUGAGAUGCGUAAAAUGGAAUCCACUGCGCGUAAAUUCACGUCGGAUUAACUCUCUCUUCGCAUCCCGGCCACAUUCCCGUGAAAAUCUAUGGAAGUAGCCGAGUUUGCUUUGAACUUGCUCUAGGCUGGGUGCCGGGAGUAUUUUCUGCGGGACGUAGUGAGGAUGCAGUCGGGGAUGCGGGCGCUCUGUGCCGGCGGAGGCGCGUCUCUCUGCUGCCUGCUCAUGCUGUGGAUGAUCUACACCCACAUCCUAAAAGAAGGUCAGUUGGCAGUAGGCACAUGUGAGAUAGUGAUGUUGAAUAGAGACAGCAGUCAACCCAAGCGCACUAUCGCCAGGCAGACAGCCCGCUGUGCCUGCCGGAGAGGACAGAUCGCUGGCACCACACGGGCCCGACCAGCAUGCGUGGACGCCCGAAUAGUGAAAAGCAAGCAGUGGUGUGAGAUGUCCCCAUGUUCAGAGGGCGAGAUCUGCGGACUGCUCUUCAAUCGCUCCGGAUGGACCUGCACCAAAGGCGGCGGCCGCAUUAAAACCGUCACGCCUCUGCCCAAGGAGCCAUCCUAAAGGACUUAAGAUUUCUGCGAGGAGGUUUGCCGACAUUCACAGGAGCGACGCCAAACAGGAAUCAUCCAUCAGCCCCCACACAUUUGUGUCCAUCCUCUCAUCUCGGAGCUAAAGAUAUCAGCUGCCCAAAUCCACAUCACCCUCAAACAGGAAAUGGAACCCGUGCGCCAUGGUUACAGUCAGUCCAGCAUCUCUACGGUUACAUGCAGGUCAUCGAGUCCCGACGGUCGUCAUCAUCUCACAGCAGGGGACGUGCAACAUUUCUUAGUGAAACCUUGACAUAAUUGAACUGUUUCAGUUUUGAUCUCAAGAUACAUUAGCUAGGAGAACAUUUCACUCGCUUUCCAGUUAAGCAGACAGGGAAGACUGUUCGCGCACCUUUCAAACUAAGAUUAUAUAAGUUCCUCGCGAACGGCAGCGUGGGUGUUGUGUAAGAACGAUCUUGACGGACCCCAGCUGCGUCUUCAGAGCAAGGACAUGUCGUCGACGAAAGGCCAAGGAUGUGCAGAGACCUUUAAAUAUACACCAGAGAUCGCCUCUCUGUAACGAGAUAACUUGUUUUCCUUUAAAAUUGCGGAUGAAUUGAGAAAAUCGGACAAAGCAGCAGCUGACUGAUGUAUCUUGUAGAUUUGACCUCACGUGGUUUGACCAUAUGGAUUGUGUGCUGUUGAGCUCUGUCUGCGAAUGGCAACGCGUUGAUGCCGUCAACUCUAAUCAUGGGUGAUUUAAAGAUUAGCAAACAAUGUGUGGAUGUCAUCUGUCCCUUCCUCUCUGGGGCGUCUCUUUCACUCUCUGCUUUAAAUGUCUGUCUCUAAUGGAUAUAUCAUUUCUAUCAAUACUUUAUUUUGACUGUAAAUUGACACUUGCGAUGGGGUGUUGAACUAGAUAGGAAAUAAAGGGUGUGUCCAUGUAAAUGUG